CCCGCAUCCGCGAGAGUCAAGCAGGAAGAAGCCAGGCCUGCUCCGUCCUAUCCUGUGUCUGCAGGUAGCUUCCUGCACGUUCGCCCAUCACAUCCCAGGCGGUGAAGGUCAAGGGCUGCGAGCCGUUUGGCUGCUUCAAACAUUUCAUCCGACACCCACAGCUUGCGCAUGCAUACCGUGAGACGCGCUCAACUUCAGACCGGACUGCACAGAUCUAUCAAUACCCAUUGUCCGUCCGCUGCCCCCAACCUCCCUGCAACGCCCUACGCACAUACCUGAGGAUACCAAGACUACCCAGCAAACUUCCCGGCGAGAAUCAUGACAGUUGUGUCUCGACCCGCCAUCCGAAUCGUCCUGUAACUCUUCCUCUACCCCAAGCCCGGCCCGCCUGGUGCCAUACAAAGAAAGUUUCCCACGCCCUCUCUCACUGCCCUCUCACGGUACCUUUCUACCGCACCACAGUUUUACGUCGACACUGAGUUCAACUCCCGCACCGGACUGCAGCACCCCAAACCUGCAGAAAACACUACGCCUGCAAGUCCUGAAGCCAAUCGACAACCCUUGCUUGUCCACCGAGCAUCUGGUCCAGCAGUCCCGCACCACCAGCCCGAGGCAGAGGAGGGUGCUGUGUACGGGUGUACAGAUCACAUCCGCGAGCCGUUCCCAGAUGUUGCCCACCGACCCACCCUCGACUUCCAUGCGCUGUACCUUCUGGGACAAUUGACCUUCGAGCAACCCUGCAGCCCGUCAAACCUUUGCCUCAUUCGGCUCGACAUCCACUCGAGUCCAGACCGUCCACCUUACCCAAGCGGCAAGCCUCUCCCCUGGUAACCUCCAUUUCAUCAUUCGUUUCGCCAUCUUUUUUCUGUUGUUGUUUUCCUUCCCUCGCAGGUCUGUCUCUGGCUUUCAUUUUCCCUCCGCCUGCCAUUGCCCGCGGAUAAAGCUCCUGCCUGUCCCCGGUGAGCUCCCAAGCCGGUCUCAGCCAGUUCCUCCACCCCGUCCCUCGUCACCCGAGUCAACCAAGCAGCCGGGUAUUUGCCACCGGGUUGCUAGUCUUGUCACCUGCCGGUCUGCGCGCCCCACCGUUCGGCCAUACUCUGCAACUGGCGUUUGGACGGAUCCUGGCCGCCCAUUGACACGAGAUCAGGGUCCCAAAGACCUCCUCAUCGCCACAUGUCUCGGUCUCCCAUGUGGUGACGUGUUUCCCCGAAUCUUCAAAAUGGCUCGGGAGGUCGCAAUGGGCCACUCGGGCUACACGGUGGCAGAACGUAGCCUCGUGAGGGCCGAAGUUGCCUACCCAUUCCUUCUCCUACUGUCUUACGGAAUAGCUUUCGCCCUGCAUAGUGUCAUCGCGUCGCGGAGGCAGGAGGACGUCGAGAAGCCCUCGGUGACUGGGCCAGGGGGCAAACCACUACCACUUACGAGAAUAAAGGUUGAAAAGUCCGGGUCACGGGCUGCACCCUCGCAGGAAUUCUCCAGAAUAUCGCACCUGGGUUUCAAGGCAGCAACCGCGGCUGUGACCCUCACAUUCCUUGCACAUGCGAUCCACGUCGUUCUGCAGUGUGUUGCGGCUCAGUGGGAGGACGUACAGCAGUAUUGCAACGACGAGCUACUCGUGUACAUCAAAGGCGGUGCCUUCUUUUGGGGUUACAUUGGGUUUUCACUGGUCAGCGCGAAGAAGGACACUCCUAACCCCAUCCACCUCUCGGUAUGGUGCAUCGGCCUGUCUUUCGACCUCGUCAUACUCGCCGCCCUCCAGGCCGUGUACCGCAACAGACUCGAUGACCUACGAUACGCCGAGGCCCCCGCCAAGCUCGCUCUACGUGCGGCCCAAUUGCCGGCCGAUUCGGGAUUCCUCGCAAUCCUCGUCGUUCGCAUUUCUCUCUUGUUGGGGCAGGUCAUAUUAUACAGUUCUCUCCGUGGCCACCUCCCAAGCCUCUGGAAUUACUGGGCCCCCAAGGCUAAAGACGACACUUAUACGGCCCCACACCUGAACGGUCACGCCACAAUCCUCGAGAACGGUCAUGCCCACACGAAUGGUUAUGCUAACGGCCACACCAUCCCUAUUGGUGAGACGACUCCGCUCUUAAAUGGCCACGGAACAGCUCUGGAAGCUGAAAAUGCCCCCACCACCAACGGGCUUCCUAACGGGAAUGGAACGACGUACCGAUCGACUAGGCGACGGACAAGCGAGGCUAGACGUCCUAAUGGCAUCGCUAAAAGCUCCCGCCAAAAGCAGACCGAGUUUGCCUUCUACCGACCCGACAAGUUGCCACAUCGGUCCUGGUGGGAGUAUGUGCGAGGCUACCACGUGUUUUUCCCGUAUCUAUGGCCCGCAAAGAAGGUGAAGCUCCAGCUUCUAGUACUGCUCUGCUUCAUACUUGUCAUCCUGCAGAGAGCCAUCAACGUCAUGGUCCCUCUCCAGCUAGGCGUCCUUAUCGAAGCUUUAACGGGUGCAGCAAAAGAGGGAACCAUCGACAUGCCAUGGAAAGAGCUCUUCAUAUUCCUGGGGCUCAAGUUCAUGCAGGGGCCUUCAGCCGUGCUGGGUUCGCUGAGAUCGAUGCUGUGGAUCCCAGUCACACAACACUCGUACAUUUCGCUGCAGACCGCAGCGUUCGAGCAUGUUCACGCUCUGUCCCUGGACUUUCACCUCGGGAAACGUACUGGCGAGCUCUUGUCAGCACUUAACAAGGGUGGCUCCGUCAACCAAUUCCUCGAGCAGACGACAUUCCAGGUCGCGCCAAUGCUGAUGGAUCUGUUCAUCGCCAUCGCCUUCUUCUGGAUCCAGUUCGGCCCCUUGUACGCACUAUGGGCGACGAUCAUCACCUUCUCCUACCUAGUCCUGACCAUAAGGAUGGCAUCGACUAGGGCUGAUCAGAGACGGGACAUGGUCAAUGCCGAUAGGGAGGAAGAGGCUGUGAAGAACGACUCAAUUACCGCAUACGAGACCGUCAAGUACUUCAAUGCCGAAGCCUUCGAGUUCCAGCGUUACAGAGGUGCUAUCACAACCUUCCAGAACGCCGAGGCCAGGGUCACUUUCGGUAUGAACCUGAUGAACAUGUGCCAAACGGUGGUAUUUAUCAGCGGCAUGCUCAUUGUCAUGGCGAUUGCCGCCUACGAGGUUGUACUAGGGCGUCGCAAGAUCUCGGAGUUCGUCCUGAUCAUGACGUACCUGAACCAGCUUCAGGGCCCGCUCAACUUCUUCGGGUCCUUCUAUCGCACGGUUCAGCAGGCAAUGAUCUCUGGAGAGCGGCUCUUGGAGUUGUUUAAGAUCCAGCCUAACAUGGUCGACAAGCCUGGCGCCCCGCCGUUGAAGGACUGCCAGGGCCACAUCCGAUGGAACCAUGUCGACUUUGACUAUGCUAACAGCCCAGCCUUGACUGACCUGUCAUUCGAGUGUAAGCCCGGCACUACGACAGCGUUCGUCGGCGAAUCUGGUGGUGGAAAGUCGACCAUCUUCCGUCUGAUGUUCCGCUACUACAACUGCAAGUCGGGCAGCAUCGAGAUCGACGGUCACAACGUCAAGGACGUGACAAUAGACUCUGUCCGCCGAUCCAUAGGAGUGGUUCCGCAGGACACGAUUCUGUUCAACGACACCGUCAUGUACAACCUGAAGUAUGCGAACCAGGAUUGCACUGAUGAGGAGGUCUACGAGGCGUGUCGCGCUGCCAGCAUCCACGACAGAAUCAUGUCGUUCUCGGACGGGUAUCAAACCAAGGUCGGAGACCGAGGGAUGCGACUAAGCGGUGGUGAGAAGCAACGCGUCGCCAUAGCCCGCACCAUCCUCAAGAAGCCGCGGAUUAUCAUGCUCGAUGAAGCUACAUCGGCUCUGGACUCGGAAACCGAACAGCAGAUCCAGCACAAAUUGUUCAAGAACAAGGAGCUUGGGGAGGGCAAGACCUUGCUCAUAAUCGCACAUCGCCUCUCGACUAUCACCCAUGCCGAGCAGAUCCUCGUUCUUCAUAGGGGCAGAAUCGUGGAACGUGGCACACAUGCGGAGCUGCUCGAGAGGGACGGUCGCUACUCUGCCAUGUGGAACAAGCAAGCCAAAGCAGAGAUAGCCGCCAAAGCCGCCCAUCUCGCCAAGGAGCAGGCCAAGAAGGCGAUGAGAGAGGCCCGCCUGGCAGGCAAAGACAGUAGCGAUGAACAUUCAGACGACGGUGGCGAUAGCAUGGUUUCCUCGAUGCACAUCCCAACCGCGCCCACGACUCCGGCUGUCGAGCUGGCAGGGCUGCACAUGACCGCCCACCACACCUGACAGAAACCAUUGACGCGCAGUACCUUCGACACCUAGGCCCUGUACAAACGACGACACUACAUAAUAGACCGCUCGCUGCCCACAGCUCCUACCCGGCACGCGGUUGAACAUUCCCUUUUGACUGUCAUCUUCAAUGCAUCGGCGGAGUUGGCGGCAUACACAUCAUCAUCAAAAGAGUCCCAGCAUAGAGGCUCGCGGAGUUUAGGAGACUACAGGAAGGGAAAGGAACGGCUUUGCUAAUGUUUUGAUUGUGUUCUUUCAUUGUUGCUCUUGCGGACUUCCGGAAUUACGAGGCGAACGGACCUCAAAACAGCAUGCGAUACGGAGUUUUUCUUUUUGCUUUAUCUUUUGACGAACAACGCGAAUCAGGCCACAGGCCGUACCUAGGUAGGAAGAAGGAAGGAAGGAAGGACAUUGGGCGUCCCACUCAUAAUACCACUCAACCGGGACUGGAAAGGAGGAUCAUAACGUCCACUACUCUUGUCUUUUUUUGUUCUUCUCUUAACUCCCCACCUUUUAUACAAGAGAAGAAGGCAUUGUUGCCGUUUGCUCUUUCCCACCAGUCUGCGGGUCUCAUAGAUUUUAUCUUGCUAGGGGCCCCCCAGAAAACGAGAUUUGACCGCAGCAAGCAGCCCUUACGAGAUCAUGAAUGGCUUUUAACGAUCGAUAUCAAUGCCACUGCGGUGCAGGAAUCAUUCCCUUUUUCCCUCGGGUUUUUUUCUCUCUUCCUUUUUUUUUUUUUGGCACGACAGCAACGCAGACACACAAACGCACAUUAAAAAUGUAUCUUUUCGGUUCUUUUGGCACGCCACCCACCCCUUGGUUCUUGUCACUGUCCACCACGAAUACCCUGUUUCAUGUGUGUACUGAACCACAGAACUUGAGCACAGCACAGCACGGAGCGUAGCGCAGCACAGCACACAGCAUAUAGCAUUCAGCUUAGCGGACUACCUACCUACCACCCUACUACUACUACCUGCCAGUGUGCCUCUCUGCUAUGGAGGCGAAUUGCGCGCGGGCAUACAUGCGGGCAUACAUAGCAUGGACAGAUUACACCUGUUACUUUUCAACUUG